CGCAAUGGAGAUCGAGGACUUUGUUGACGGACGGGAUCGUACAUAUAAGGGCUGUCUGGUGCAUCCCGACUUGGUGUGCUUGACAUGUAUAUGGGGAUAUGUUUGGGUUGGUGUGUGAUCGUGUCGACUAGAUGCAAUGUACGCAAUGGAAUUGCGAUGAAUUGGUUGGAAUGGAAUGGACUGGAAUGGAAUGGAAUUGAUUAUGGGGAAUCUAAUGGAUUAUGGUAUGGAUUAUGGGAUGGAAUGGAUAAUGUAUGGGGAAUGGAUGGAGUCCAGGUACAGCUUGACACAGGAAGGAGAGAGCAGGCUACAACAUAUGCUACAGUGCGCCUGGGACGAGGGGGAGAAUAUGCCAGGGUUGCAGCUACCGGCUUCACAAGCAAGGACCGGUCAUUCAAGAGAAUCAAGAGGACGAUCGGGGGGAAGAAAAUGAGGGAGAACAAGGAGUUCACCGUCGGCUUUCAACCCACCUUUUCCCACUCGGGAAGAAGAAGAACUGGUCGAGGAAGCGAGUUGGAACGAUUUGUGUCGCGCGUCCUGUCCUGUCCGGAUGGCAGCAACACGUGCGAUGAUUACUUUACGAUGUUGCUGCGGGCCGCCAAGUCGACGCUAACGGAUCCGCUUAUCGCCACAGAGAAGGAGCAGGAGAUGGACGGUUCACGGAAAACAUGCGAGUCCAUCUUCAAGAAGCGGUCGUUUUCUACUCUGCAGUGUCUGCACGACAAAUCGAGGACACCACAUGACAAAGAUGACAGCAUCUCGGUUCCUCCGCCGUCGUCCUUCUGCUGUCUGUGGCCAGUCGCUGUCGUACAAUCGUCAUCGAAUGUAUCGGUACCGUAAACGUGGACAAGUGACAGUAUGUACAUGUCGGCAGGUUGAGUCAAGCAAAAUCCUCCACGGCGAAUGAAAUGAAUGAUUGGUGCGGUGGCUGGGUGCCACGGUGGGGAGGGAGUUCUGUGCAUUCGCCCAUCGUUCAUCACCCACCUCGCCCAUUCUUCCACGUUGGCUGAUGAUUUGCUCCAUCGCAAAUGAAUGGUCGGGUCCCUUUGUCUCCAAACUGCAGCGAGGGGUGGCUGCAGCAAUUUGCCUUCCCGAAAUAAAAUGCACAGGGCGGG